AUGACAAAUGAGUGUCCAAGUCCCCCAACAUCGUGGGCCUUGGCAUUCGAUGGACCAAUUUCUUUUGUGGUAAUCGUGGGAGGAAUCGUUGGAAACGUUUAUUCAUUAAAACAACUCUUUUCUCGAUCAAUCAACACUUCUAUGCUGGUAUCUUUGACUGGUCUGGCUAUUCUUGACAUUGUAAUGCUUCUUGCUGGGUUAUGGCAUCACUCGUUGUGGGCGACAAUGCACUACUUCUCCAUUCGAGACGAACCAUGGGAUAGAAAAAUGGCCGAUUCGAAUGCUGUGAUGGAAUGUGGACAUAUAACAUCGACAUGGAUGCUCAUCGAAGUCACUGCUGAACGUUUCUUUGCUGUUACGCGACCUUUUCACUUUGCUCCGGUUCACAGAAAGCAGAGAAGGAAGAGUUAUGCGAGAGUUGUCGGAGGUGACUGCCCCUUUGGAUGGUGUCAUAUAUUUGAGAAGUUUGUAGGCUUGAUCCGCAUACCGCUAAUUAUGACGAUAGUUGCGUGUCUCAUCUGCCUGCCAUGCACCGUUGAGUACACUCUGACGCCGUGUGUAUACAAAGGGAUUGAAUCCGAACAGAUGUUGGAAACACCAUUGAUGAGCAACAUGAUCUACAAAGUACUGUAUCGGACGGUUUUCUUAUCGAUAGUGAAAACGUUUGGACCUUUUGUAAUCAUCACAUUUCUGACGGUUUCAACGUUGAAAAGUAUGAGGCAGAGCAUGGAUAGUCGGGCAUCAAUCCUCAUAGCACAAGGACAGAAUCAUUUGUUCCAAGCGGAUAAGGACAAGACAAAAAGCUUACAGGCUAUAUCAAUAAUGCUGCUGGGCAAGUUCCUUUUCCUCCGGUGCCUUCCAACAGCUAUGGCCACUAUCCAGAUCUUGAUACCAUUUGGAAAUUCCACCAGCUUCUUGCCUGUCUACUUAUCACACUUCUUCCUCCUCUUCAACUCGGCAACCAAUUCCUUCGUAUUUGUUGUAGUCAAAUCGGCUUUCGAAACUAGAAGGCUCAAAAGAAUUCGUCAACGUCACCGACAAUUGGUCGCUCAACAUGCCGAGCAAGUUUUGAGCAUCGGAAAGGCUUUAGCUGGAGAUAAGUUGCUACUCUUUUCGGAUGUUGAAUUUGAGAAUCAAUCAUCGGAGGAGGACACUCUCGAGAUGCAACCAAUGAUGCCAACAUCAUCAACUUCUAAUCCUGUUUAG